AUGGCCUUACCUACAAUCUCUUCUAGUUCAUCCUCUUCUUCAGACACCUCUCCAUGGUACUACGAUGUGUUCUUGAGCUUUAGAGGAAAAGAUACCCGUAAUACUUUUACUGUCCAUCUAUACCGUACUUUGACUCAAAAGGGAAUCCGUACCUUUAUAGAUAAGGAUGAGCUCAUACGAGGUGAUGAAAUUUCACCUACACUCCUCCAAGCUAUAGAAGUUUCAAGAAUUUCUAUCAUUGUACUCUCAAAAAAUUAUGCAUCAUCAACAUGGUGCUUGGACGAGCUAUUAAAAAUUCUUGAUCAAUGUAAAGAAUCAAUGCAACAAAAGAUUCUAUCUGUAUUUUACCAUGUAGAUCCAUCAGAUGUACGCCAUAAAAGAAAGAGUUUUGGAAAAGCAUUGGCUAAACAUGCUGAGAAAUUGAAUGUAGACAUGAAGUUGCAGCUGUGGAAGGAAGCCCUUCGAGAAGUUGCCCAAUUGUCCGGAUACCAUCUGACCAGAAAGAGGAAUGAAUCAAAAUUCAUUGAAAAUAUCAUUCAAGACGUCUCAAGAAUGGCAAAUGAUCAUUUAUAUUUACAUGUUGCUGAGCAUCCCGUUGGAUUAAAACCUCAUGUAGAAAAUGUCAAAUUGCGUUUAAGCGUUGGAACGAAAGACAUACGAAUUAUAGGAAUUUUUGGAGUUGGGGGAAUUGGAGGCUGUAGAAGUUUGGAGGUUGACAAUAUUGAUAUGGGAAUCCAUAUGAUAAAGCGUAGGCUUCACUCUAAGAGAGUUCUUCUAAUUCUUGAUGGUGUAGACCACUUGGAUCAAUUAAAAACAUUAGUAGGAGCUCGUGAUUGGUUUGGUAAAGGAAGUAGAAUCAUCAUCACAACAAGAGAUCAACACUUGUUGACUACUCAUGGAGUUGAUUCAACAUAUGAGAUGACGGGAUUGAAUCGAGAUGAUGCUUUUCAGCUAUUUUGUUGGCAUGUUUUCGGAAGUAAGAAACCGAUUGACGGUGAUGAAGAGUUUGUAGAAGAGAUCAUAAAUUAUGCUGGGAGCCUUCUACUAGUUUUAACAGUGCUCGGCUCGGAUUUAUAUGGCAGAACUAAAAAAGAGUGGGAAAGUGCAUUUGAUCAGUACAGGAAAAUCCCUCACCAAAAUAUUCAAAAAUUAAUUCAAACAAGUUAUGAUAGAUUAAGUGAAAAUGAAAAGAAUGUUUUUCUUGACAUUGCAUGUUUUUUCAAUGGAGAAUGGCUUUAUAAUGUCAUUGAGAUGCUAGAUAGUUUUGGUUUUUCCCCAAACUUUUCGAUCCCAAGACUUAGGGAGAAGUGUCUUAUUUCAAAAUUUGAUGGAAUAUUAAAAAUGCAUGACUUGUUACGAGAUAUGGGUAGAGAAGUUGUUCGACAAGAAUCACUCAAAAAUCCAGGAGCACGUAGCAGAUUAUUCUUUCAUAAAGAUGUUCGCAAAGUACUGGAGGAUGAUAUAGUAAGUCAGAUCAAAAUCUCUUUCAAUUAA